AUUAAACAAUAUCUUCCUUUCCUCCAUACUAUUACCAAUUACUAGAAUUCUUCGAGAAGUAUUAUACUAAAUCAUUUGUACAAUAAAUUCUUGAAUCGAUUUAAUCAUAUAGUAGAGAAUUGUAUUGGAGAAGAUAUAAUUUUCUUUACAAUCAGCAUUUCUCUAUUACUUCCCUUGAUCAGUCUGAAUAAUGAAGUACCGUAAUUAUAUUGAAUGCAGACAUAGCUUAAUAACAUGAUCAAUAUAAUAACUAGGAGUAAAUCGUUUUACCAGCAGAAUAGUGAUUCAGUAGACUCGAUAAAAGCUCUCAUUAUGAAUUUCCUUAACGUGAAUAAGUUCAAUGCCUUGACUAAUGAUUUGUCUGGCAACUGCUUUCCUGUUCAAUCUGAUGAUAAUCAGAUAAACAGUUUACAAAAGUUUUAUAGUAUUGGAACUUUCUUUUAUCACGUAGCAUAUUUUGUAAUAACGUUUCAAGGAGCUAUAUCUUUUCUUACAUUAAAAACUGUACAUGAUAGUGUUAUAACUCUGAUGGUUUCAGCUGAAGUUAUUAUUUUGACAAUACAUAUUCAAUAUCAUCGUCACAAAUAUCAUUCAUUAAUUACAAAUUUCAACUUGAUUCUUAAUAUUCAAUCUGAUGUUUUAAAAGAUUUCAUUUUUAAUAGUGUCAAUCCUAUAGUAAAAGUAUUUAAAAUGUAUACAUUUUUUUCAAUGAGCUCCAUCAUCAUUUGGGCAUUCAUGCCAAUUUUUGCUGUUUUUAAUAAAAAUAACUUUACAAUGAAUGAUUUUCGUCUUCCAAUUGGCUUUUUCAACUGGCAAUCUUUUGGAAUUCAAAUUUUUCUUACUGGUUUUAUGAUUCAGCUUGUGGGCUGUAUAUAUAAUGGUUUUAAAAAAGCGGCUAUCAAUAUUUAUAUCGUUCACUUUAUUGCACUUCUAAUAGGCCAAUACUUGUAUCUUCAAUACAGAUUAGCUGCUAUAUUCCAUAAUUCAACAAAUGAAGAAUUGAUGGAGGAAUUAAAGCAGCUUUUGAACCAACAUCGGAUUGUUGUUAAGAUUGCCAAAGAAUUCCCAAAACUUUUUUUUAUUAAUACUACAAUAACUUACAUUAAUGCCACUUUAAACUUUUGUGUCAUGGGAUUCAUGUUAUUAACUAUGUCAGGAAGUUAUUUUGAAAGGUCUUUAGUAGCUACAUACUUUGGGGGACUUUUUGUUGAAGUUUACAUUAUGUGUGCUAGUGUUGAUCGCUUGCAAGAAUUGAGCGUAUCAAUAACUAAAGAAGCAUUUGGGGAACCUUGGUACAACAGAGAACUCUAUAUACAAAAAUUAUUUGCAAUAAUUAUGAGCACUAAUAUGAUGGAAUGUAAACUGUCUACAUGUGGACCGAUUAAUUUAAGUUUGAUCAAUUUAAAAACUGUAAGAAUAUUACUUCUUGAAUUUUUAUUCUAA